AAUAUCUUAUUUACAUAUAAAGGAAGGUUAAUGAUACUCUUGUGAUCACCAGAGCGAAACAAUUAUUCAACUUACAGAACAAAACAACAGGCGUUUUCAGGACAAUAAACACAUGCAAUUCUUUUACGGACAAUCAGCAUGUCUGAUUUUGUUUCUUAUAAUGAAAAUCUGUUAUUUCUUUUGAAUGAUGCUUCGUGUGGCGAUAAGAGUAACUCUAAUUCACGGUACCGGGAUUGGACCCAUGGACUAGAUACACAAGUAAAAAAUCGGAGCGAAGGUCCUAGACAGAUAUAUCAGCAGCAAAAAGGAAUGUAUUGUCCGCUAAGUGCUCUUGAAAGUGAGGUAAAAGAUUACCCGAGGCGUCACAGGGAUCCUUACCUGGAUGAGUUCGAGAGAAUUUCGUCUAGCAUGAUUCGUUUAUUGUGCGAGGCAAAGCAACGAACUCUGAAGAAUACAUCUUUGUCGGGCCUUGUAGUUUGCCCGAAUGAUGAAAUUCAUGGUGGAGAUGUUAAUGACGUACAAAGGCCUAACGCAACCGGAAGAAGAAAUAAAGUUUUUGAAACAGGGAGAACAUCUCAACACAUAACGAAAGAUCAUGCAUCAACCGAUAAGGACCGACAGAAAAAAGAAUCACACAAUAAAGUGGAAAGAAGAAGAAGGUCUAUCAUAAGUGACAGGAUAAAGGAAAUAAAGUGUCUUCUUCCGGAACAUAUCAGUCGAGGUGUAUGCCAAAAGAAAGGCUCAAUUUUACAAGAAGCUAUUUGCUACAUCAAAACAAUGCAAUCAGACCUUAGUCGGGUGCAGCAGCUAGAAGAAAAAAUCCGUGAAAUGGAUAAACAUAUCAAGAAACUGAAUACAAGAGUUGAACGUUUAGAAUCAAGCAUGAAGACCGAUAACAUCGACUGUAGAUGGGUGGAUCUGCAAGCACCUGCGGCGGAAGCAAAUACAGCCGAUAUAAACCCAACGUCUUCAACGUUCAGAAAAGACGAUCAGAAUAAUAACCGGGCAGAUGUUAUAACAUCGAUGUCACAAAAUCUUUCUACAUUAAAUGAAUCUUAUAACCUUUCUACAGCUCAUUCUGUUUCUAAUAUGUCACUGAUUAGUGACUUCAACAUGGUGCCAGAUGACUGGUAAUUUCAUAUCUCGCUCAUUUUCAUUGAGUUACACAUUAUAUCUUUGCAAUGUAUCUUUGACCAGAAUAAAGUGUAUAUUCUACGA